AUGGGCAAGCCAAAAACACUUGAUUCGUUCUUUAAGAAAAAAGAUGAGAGUCACUCAACAGUCAAUACUGAUACACCUCUAGCAAUAGAAAUUGAAGCUUUAGUGACCGAUGAGCGUCCCUCCAAAUGUCCAAGAAUUCAACCUGAAGAAAUGGAUGCUACUAUUUUUCAAUGUGAUCCAGGAUUACGUCGGCAAAUAUGGGAAUUUCCCAUAAACUUACAAGAUAAAAUGCGACGUGCUUAUAUUAACGCCGGUCCAUGUCAACCCAUACUUUUGGAAUAUCCAGUUUCAGGAAAGGGUAAUAAUCGUCGCCGAUUUCAAGCUUCUUGGUUCAACACAUACUCAACUUGGUUGGAGUACUCGAAGUCAAAGGAUGCCAUAUUUUGUCUUCAAUGCUAUGUUUUUGCUAAGAAAUCAACAGGCCGUCCAGGAUCAGAUGCAUUUAUUGUGAAAGGCUUUAACAAUUGGAAAAAGGCGAGCGACACAAUGAAUAGUUCUUUAAUGGGACACGUGGGAAAAGAUCCAAAUUCACCACAUAAAAAUGCUGUGAAAUGUUGUGAGGAUCUAAUGAAUCAGUCACGGCAUAUUGACAAGUUAAUUGAAAAACAAACAUCACAAGAAACAGAGAAUAAUCGGUUGCGGCUCAAAACCUCGGUAGAUAGUGUUCAAUGGCUAGCAUUCCAAGCAUGUGCCUUUAGAGGUUAUGAUGAAAGCUCUGACUCAAAAAAUCAAGGUAACUUCAUUGAAUUGAUAAAGCUUCAAAUUGAAAAUAUUCGAGGUCAAGGAUAUGAUGGAGGUAGUAAUAUGCGUGGUGAAUGGAAUGGGUUACAAGCUUUAUUUUUGAGGGAUUGUCCCUAUGCAUAUUAUGUGCAUUGCAUGGCUCAUAAACUACAAUUAGCUUUAGUUGCAGCAUCUAGAGAAGCCAAGCAUAUUCAUCAGUUCUUUAUUCAGUUGGCUUCUAUUAUCAAUAUUGUUGGUGGUUCUUCUAAACGUCAUGAUGAAUUACAAUCUGCUCAAGCUGCUGAAAUUGAAAGUUUGAUUGUUUCUAAUAAAAUUGAAACUGGAAAGGGUGCAAAUCAAAUUGGUACUUUGCAACGACCUGGAGAUACUCGAUGGUCAUCUCAUUAUCAAUCUAUUUACAGUUUGAUAAGAAUGUUUGGUGCAACUUGCUCAGUUAUCAACAAUAUCUCCAAGGAGGGAGCUAAUUAUUCUCAACGUGGUGAUGCUGAAGCGGCUUACAUGGUAUUAACAUCAUUUGAAUUUGUUUUCAUAUUGCAUUUGAUGAAUGAUAUUAUGGGACUCACUAAUAUGUUGUGUCAAACUUUGCAACAAAAAUCUAUAGACAUUUUAAAUGCCAUGAGUCAAGUUUCAACGACACAAUUACUCAUUCAACAGAGGAGAGAAGAUGGGUGGGAGCCUUUGCUUGCUACUGUUAAAUCAUUUUGUGAAGAAAAUGAUAUUGAUAUUCCUGAUAUGAAUGCUCAUUACAGUAGAGCUCGAGGUCGAUCUCGUCGUCAAGAUGAAGGGUCUUUGACAACAGUUGAGCAUCAUUUUAGAGUUGAUAUAUUUACUGCUGCAAUAGACUUUCAAUUACAAGAAUUGAAAAAUAGAUUUGGUGAGCAGGCUGUAGAACUCCUCACUCUUAGCGUUGCUUUAAGCCCAAAAGAUGCAUACAAAUCAUUUAAGAUUGAUGAUAUAUGCAAAUUAGCUGAGAAGUUUUAUCCUAAAGAUUUCAACAAGCAAGAAAGAUUCUGUUUGAAAUUUCAAUUGGAGCAUUAUAAGCUUGAUGUACCAAAGCAUUCAGAUUUUCAAAAUAUGUCUACAUUAUCUGAGUUAUGCAGAGGAUUGGCAGAUUCGGGAAAGUCAAAGAUCUAUCCUUUGAUUGACAGGUUGAUUCGCCUAGUGUUGACUCUCCCUGUUUCAACUGCAACUACAGAACGAGCUUUUUCUGCCAUGAAACUUAUAAAAACUAGAUUACGUAGUAAAAUGGAAGAUGAGUUUCUUGCAGACCAUAUGGUAGUUUAUAUUGAGAAAGAAAUUGCUAAGAAUUUCACUUCAGAGAUGAUAAUGGAUAAAUUUUAUUCCAUCAGCAAUCGUCGUCGAGCAUAA